UGAUUUUCGUGGAAAUUUCAUGGUUUUUGGCCGGUGCUUACGACUAAAUUGGUUCGUCUCAUCCCUAAAUUCCAUUCUUUUCGCCAACGUUUCAAAAAGAACGUCAAGCACUGCGAUUAAGAUGGAUCCUUCAUUAACAGCGAAAGAUCUCCGAAAGAUGUUCGUUGAUUUCUUUGUGGAGAAAUACGAGCAUACCUUUGUCCCUUCCUCAUCUACGAUUCCUCAUGAGGACCCAACCUUAUUGUUUGCGAACGCUGGUAUGAAUCAGGUAAUUUCAUCGAUAUCUGUGCAUUGAAAACUGCUUAAAAGGUUUCACGUCAUAAGUUGUUACUUGCAUCACAAUUCAGGAAACCAAUAGUAAUUACAUUGUGUUGACUGACGGGUUUCAAUUUGGAAAAAAUAUUUCACGUGCUCUUUCGAACAUUUGUUUUUUGUGGGAUGUGAGACAAUUCACGACCAUUGUUGCCUAAAUUUUCUCAUGGCUCCCCUCUAUUGCUGUUUCACCUUUUACCCUUUUUGACCAAGGGUUUUGGAAGCAGGAAAUGGGAAAUCUAGACACAGAAGGAAAUAGGACUUCCGUUUAAAGGACCAUUUUUGAGUUUUUUUUUAAUUAAAAAAACUCUAUUUUAGUGUGUAGAGUGGUAUGUGGCUCGCACCAAUCAGAUUGCUGCAUUAGGGUAAAUAGCUAACACCAAUCAGAUUGCUACAUUAGGGUAUGUAUUUCACACCAAUCAUAUCACAACAUUUGGAUAUCAUGCACCAAUCACAGCAUUUGGGUAUUGUUAUUUUGUAAAUGAUGUCAUGGAGUUAGGGAGCUGUGCACAAAGAAUGACAUCAAACAGAAAUUUUGGGCUCAUUUGAUAAGUGUUAUGAUUGUGCCCUUUGCAAGAGCCUUGUCAAGUGAGGUGGAGAUUUAUCGGGAUAUGGAAGGUUCGCAUUUAUUUUUAUUGUAUAAUUUUUGAGGUAAAACAUGUUUUUUCUGUUCCUUUUCUCACAACCCACAUGCCAAACAACUUAUAUUCCAUCACAUACCAUGAAAACAACAUCCAAAGUCUAAUCAGAACAUACUCAAUCGUUGCACUACAUGAACAUUAGGCAAUGUUUCAUGUGCUUGAAUUGUAUUCUACCUAUCAAAUUCCAUUUUGCCACAUUAGACUUCACUCCAUCACAUCCCAUUUCCUUGUAAACAACCAACUUGCAUUUUAUCAGGUAUUCUAACAGCAUUAUCUAACACCAUAGAAAAAAAUUCAGAUGAAACUUUGUUACUGAGUGAAUUUUCUACGCAUUCUCCCACAUUUUGACUUUUUCUACAAAUAAAAUUUGCUUUUAGCUACCUUUGAAAUAACCUAAUCACAUGUUAAUUUCUUGUAAACAACCUGCAUUUUAUCAUGUAUUUCACACACAGAGGGCAAAGUCCAGAUAAGCCAGAACCAAUCAAGGAGCCCUCUUUGAAAUAUUAUCCUUUCCUCUUGCUCAGUUUAUCUUCUCUUAUAUGAGAUUGCAAUAUAUCUUUGGUUAGGGUUCAUUGGAGAUGCAUGUGUUUCAGUCUACUUUCACUGUAAAAUUAUGUGGAAUUAUAUUUUUAAGAGGACUAACUGUAGAUGAAUAAUUUUGAUUUUGUUUCUCUUAGAUGAAUGGCUGUAAGGGUAGUCUCUUUUGCAACCAUUAUUUGUUCUCAUCACGCAAUGGCUCUCUUCAACGGGGAAUAGAGGCAUUGUGUGACGAGAUCAAACAACGGCUGCAAAGGAGACUACAGUAAGCGUGGCUCCGAUGCAUUUUAUUUUUGCUCAUAAGUAUUUAGACAAUAGAGACAAUAGACAACAAAAUACCUAUGUGAGUUUAGAUAAAUUGUUUUUUCUCUUUCUCUUGAAGUGAAGUAAUGUGAUAUUUUUGUUCUUUUGAAACUUAUGAAAGCGUUAGGAACACAAAGUGUUCCACCUCAUCCUAUCCAGCUAAAAAGUAACUCUUGCAUGUCUAUGUUAUUUAAUAGGGGAACCCCUCUUUUGACAGAAUGUUCCAUGAGGAUCUUUAGUUGUUGUUAAUAUCUGCGGUGGAGGGAAGUGCAGUAACAUGUUUGAAAAGUAUUUGAAACAGAGUUUGGAAAAAUGGAAUCUUUUAGUGAUGUAGAAAACAUCAUCGGGGGAGGGGAGAUAAGGAAUAUUUUGUCACCAAUUUUACAUUUUUCCUAGGGAGGGGGGAAGAUUCAAAUUCUUUGACCUAAAUUUUGGAUUAUUUUCCUGUGCUUAAUUAAGGUAAAUCUGUAGGGUCUGUAACAAAGCAUAGUUCUAAACAGUUUUUAAACCACUAAAUUGUUUAGACAAAACCAAACAAGUUUGAUGAAAAAUAAGACCCAAUAAUGACUAAAACAUGCAAGAAUCUUGGGUACAAUAUAGUUAUUAGCUCUCAUUAGGAUAGUUGUUAUAAAAUUACAAACUUGAGAAUUCACUCACUGUGUUAGGACGAUUAAAAAAUUUUCUAAUAUUUUUAAAAGAUUGUCUCGUUCUGUUUUCAUUGUACAGUACAAGUCAAUUUUUUUGGGAACUGUGGAUCCAAACAGUGAUCUGUCUAAACUCAAACGUGCUGCUAACAGCCAGAAAUGCAUUCGUGCAGGAGGCAAGCACAACGAUCUGGAUGAUGUAGGCAAAGAUGUUUAUCAUCAUACAUUCUUUGAAAUGCUGGGAAACUGGUCCUUUGGAGAUUAUUUUAAGGUCUGUUAUGGUGAAAUUCACUUUUUUUCAAUGCUGUUGAAGUGAGAAAUCUUUGGGUUAUUCAUGAAGACUGUUUUUUAUUAUUUAUGUUUUAUUAUUUAUGUAAUAAGCAGAAUUAUUUAGUCACACAGUUUGAUUGGUUCUUACGUAUGACCUCUUCAAGGACAGAUUCAUAUACAUUCGUUUACAAUACAUGCAUCUUUAUCAUAUAAUUUAGACAGUAUCCUUUUUGUUGUGGUUCUGUUUACUAAAUGAUCACAGAUGACAUCAAAAUGUGAUAGGAAUGUUAGUAAGACAAUUGGAUGCACCUUGUGUGCCACUCUUUUGUUCUUACCAUACAUUAUAACAUAGCUAGUAAAUUUGUCUAAUCAAAUUCAAUUGCACAAACAUGCUUCAUAUUCCUAUUGUGCACACUCAUGACGUCAGCAAACAAAUCCCUCGAGAAGAAAAAUUUUCCAUCAGGUUGAAAAUGUUAUAAAUAAUUGGUUCAUGUGUCAGCUGUGCAUUCACCAAGAUAUGAAGUACUUGGGAAGUUUGGAGAGCACUCAAGAAGCUAGAGUUGCUCUUGGCUAUGCCUCAAGCAACUCUUACACAUCUUUCGUGCUCUCCAAACUUUCCACAUGCUUCAUAUCUUGAUGAAUGCACGCUGAUGUAUGAACCAAUUGUUAAUUUAUGUCAUCUGUAAUCUAGUGCAAAACAGAUGCAAAUCAACAGGAAUCUAUUCUUUGUAUAUUAAAUGAUGGCCAUCAAGAUGACUCAUGAAAUUUUUUUAUUAGGAUAGUAAACAAGAAUUUAUUUAUAAUUUAAUAUUUUACGACAUGUGUAGAAAGAGGCCAUUGAGUUUGCUUGGGAGCUGCUGACAGUCAAAUAUGGGAUGCCAAAAGAGCGUCUUUAUGUUACUUACUUUGGAGGUGCAGAGGGUCUUGAAUCUGAUGAGGACACCAAACAGUUUUGGCUCAACAUGGGGUAAGUAUGCACUGACCUGCUCAUCCUCAGUUCCUGGUGACAUUGUAUAGCAUUAAUUUGAAAUUUGGCUGAGGUUAUUUCACAGGUAACCACAGCUGUGAAAGUAAUUACAACUCAUAGAUCUUCUUCAAUCUAAACUUUUUCCUAAUAUUUACACCAAACACACUCCAGGCUGUCUCCAUUUUGGUCUCCAUGGAUUUGCAGCUUAGUGGCUAGUUUGACAACCUGUGUUUAACAGCCUGUUAUAGCAAGUUAUACUGAUAAAACUACCUCUUGUUAAUGGUCAACAGUUAAAGUAUUUUUCUUCUGUAGUUGAAGUAUUGAACCUUAGCCAUUUGACCUGUUAGAGUGACUAGCAUCUAAUUCCCCCUUACAUUAUCACCCCUGAAUUAAACCUUAAGGUUGUGAGAAUAAAGGAAUUGAUCACCAACUAAAGAAGCUUGUGAUUUUUAAACAAAUUCUCCUGAGCAGCACCUUUUGUUAUGUAUAGAGAACAGUAUGGAGAAUAUGUAUACUGAUGUCAGGGUAUGAAGGGUUGAUUAGAGGUGUGGUGUGGUCAAUAUUAUUGUGCAUCUUGAAACAUUGUAUUAAGCAUCUUUUCUUGUUUCUUUGAAGAACUUUAGGUGUUAGGCUUGGAAAAAGAGGUCUAUCUCAUCAAAGGGUUCCCUUCUAUUGUCAAUUUGGUACUCCUAAAGGAUAUAUUACAAAGCACAUGUAACGUCUUCAAAAUUUUGGCAAACUUUUCUUAUUUAACAGCAGUUAUCAGCUAAGAUUUCCUAAAUAAUCACUGACCCUACCUAAAUUUAACAAGAUCAGGUAUUUAAUAUGUUUUGAAAAUAAUUUUAUUUGACAGCCUCCCAGCUGACAGAGUGCUCCCAUUUGGAAUGAAGGACAACUUUUGGGAGAUGGGCGAGACUGGACCAUGUGGACCAUGCACUGAAAUUCAUUUUGAUCGUAUUGGUGGACGUAAUGCUGCCUAUCUUGUUAACAUGGAUGACCCAACUGUUCUUGAAGUGUGGAAUCUCGUGUUUAUUCAGUUUAACAGGUUGGUCCCAUAAAGAAAGACGCGUUUUUUUUUUUGCCUUGUUACUAAGGAGGGACACUGAAAAAUUACAAGUCCCCAAGAGGAUUCAAACCACAGAUCUUCAGAUUCUGCACUGUGACAGAUUCUAUCACUGACUGUGUCUGAGCCAGGCCAUACCAUGGUUCAUAUAUUUUAAGAUGUUAGAAAUUACAAAUGCCAAACUCUAAAUUGCAUGGAGAUUGUAGAUGUUUUGGUGAUCUGGUUGGCUAUUAGACAUGUACUUUCACUUACCUAGCAUUUAAGAAGCAUUGUAGAGAAUUAAGUCAACUGAGAGUGGUGGCUAAAAUCAUGAUGGUUUCCUCUUUAAAAAAUUUGUCAUCUCAGUCAGUAUUAUCCUUAAUUUACAGCUCUAUAUAAUCACAUAUUUAUCUAACAAAUACAGUUACUGCUUGCAGAAAAGUACUUUAUGAAAAAAUAAUUGCAGUGGCAGUAUGAUUUUUCCAAAUUUGUUUGCCCUGUUUCAGAAUUGUAUGCAAUUCCUUAAAAUCAAAAUUCUAGAGGAUUAUGAUCCCUUUUCUUUUUUGAAAAAAUCUGAGUUAAAAGAAAAAAGGAUAUGUCUUAAUAAUUUGUUCUUAUAACAAUGUGUUAAAUUUUUAUUUUAUAAACUCAGAGAAGGAGAUGGAAGUCUUAAAUCUCUGCCUAGUAAACAUGUGGACACUGGUAUGGGACUGGAGCGUCUAACAUCAAUCACUCAGGGAAAGAUGUCCAACUAUGACACUGAUCUAUUUCAGCCAUUCUUUGAAGCAGUUCAUAAGGUAUUUCACUCAUUAUACUCAAAUAUGCUCCCUGUUUAAAAAGUUAGGAAUAUAUUAUACUGUCUGGUUUAUUUCAGGGCACUGGUGUCAGACCAUAUACAGGUCUCGUUGGAGCUGAAGACAAAGAUGGUGUUGACAUGGCUUACAGAGUUGUGGCUGAUCAUGUCAGAACAUUAACUAUGGCCAUCACUGAUGGUGGGAAACCCGACAACACUGGCCGAGGGUAAGACUGAGUCUAACACUUGCUUACUAACAACAAUUUUUUUUAAGAAUUUGUCUGUCCUACCUCAGCAUCUACCUCAGCAUUAUGGCCCAUUGUCUCUGUGCCCCAAGGUGUUGUUAUGGAGAGGAUUAAGCUAUGACACUUCAGUUUCUUUCCUUUAUCAUUUUUUCUUUUCUUUUUUUUCUUUUUUUUUUCAAUGCCACCAAUAUUUCAUUUACAAACUUUAAGCUUGAAGUAAUAGCAACAGUGACUACAAAAUUGAGAUGUCUUAGGAUGCAAAGAAUAUUUGUACUCAAAAUUUUCAAAACAAGGAAAUAGGGAAAUGUGAGAGUCUGUGUUUUUUGAUGUGCUUCUGUGAUAUGAUAUGUUUCUUUUUUAUCAGGUAUGUGUUAAGACGUAUCCUUAGAAGAUGUGUUCGCUUUGGAACAGAAAAACUCAACAUGCCCCCAGGAUUCAUAGCAUCAUUGGUGUCAGUGGCUGUGGACACUCUGGUCAGUGGUUUCAACCAUGGCAUAUUGCAUAUAUGUUAGACUUUAUGUAAACCUUUGGUUGAUGCAGUACUUUCUUUAGACAUGAGUACCGGUAUGUCAGACAUUACGGAAAAAUUUAUUUCCGAAGACCAUUCCUCUGAUUUUUCUAGAAACUGAUUGAUAUUUUUUUGAUUUACAGGGUGACUUCUUUCCUGAAGUGAAGAAAGAUCCACAACAGGUAAGAUUAACAUAUUUUUGUCUGGAUUAAAAUGUAUUAUUAUUUCCAUUGAUGCUUUAAUCAUUAUUUAAUCAGGGAAUUACUUUUCAUUGGGAGAUAUGUGAGUUGGCAACAAGUUUGAUUUAAAAGGAUGCAUGAAAAAAUUAUUACCUGCAUGAGCAAAAGUAAUGUCUUGAUCAUGAUUUUUAUUGCAAUUUGGAACAGGUAAAAGAUGUUAUCAAUGAAGAAGAAACAAUGUUUCUCAAAACUCUUGCCAGGGGAAGAAAACUUUUUGACAGGACAGUGAACCAGCUGACAGACAAUUUCAUCCCUGGAGAUGUGGCUUGGAGAUUGUAUGAUACAUAUGGCUUCCCUGUGGACCUAACACAACUCAUGGCAGAGGAACGGGGAUUGACUGUAGACAUGAAUGUUUAUGAGGAAUCUAAGAAAAAAGCCCAGGUUAGUGGUUUUCAUUGACUUUACCCUCUGACUCCCAGGAGUAGGAGGGUUUAAGUGACCCAAGAGGAAAUUCUCCAUAGAAUCAAUACAAUUUCCAAGCAGAGAGGAGAUGAGAAAAAGGGAAAAGUAUCUUAUGAGGGAUGUCAUCUGAUAUAACAACAAAUUAUCUGGCCUAAGGUUGCAAGAAAUAUUUAGGAGACAGUGCAGAGGAUUGAUAACUGGAUGCUUAAGGUGAAAGGGUGCUGCCAAAGGAGGGACACACAAAGACUUACAUGUUAAGUACUGGCUUCCCUAACAUAAGCUCUCUGGUACAUGGUAGAUCCUUAAUUCAAACGUACAGCUCUGGUUAUGACUUGGGAAGAAAAAGUUCUUCAAUCUUAUUGUUUCAAACUUUUCUUGAUGAUGACUUCAUUGACUCUCUAAAGGAAAUUGCUCGAGGAAAAGGCUCUGGAAAUGAUGAUGCCAUCACUCUUGAUGUCCAUGCAAUUAACAAGUUACAAAAAGACUUGAACCUUAAACCAACCAAUGAGAAGUCCAAGUAUAGCUACACAUCAGACAAAGAAGGAAAUUAUGGUAAAAUAAUUCCUUUAUUAGAAUAUUUGUGUGUUUUUACACUAAUCAGCAAAUUAAGGACACCCUAGCAUUAAGAGACCACAUGACGGUAUGAUGGAUGCUUAUGAUCUCAAUCAGGGAAGCAAAUCAGAAAGUUUGGUUUAACUGAGAAUGUUCUGAGUAAAGAAAAAUAUUCCCUCUCAUGAUUCUCCAGAUUUUUACCUGAUUAAGAGGAAUGACUAAAAUGGCUGGCUUUACAGGUGAAAAAGAUGAAGGGAUCCAGUGACCUGGUUAGCACUGAUCGCUUUAAUCCUGAUGUACAGAAACCUUGUAACUUGUCAACAUGUGUCACAAUAUUUGGGAAUUUUUAACUUUUAGAAUCAUUUUGAGUACUUUUAAAGCUCUCGAAUCAGAAACCCUAAAAUAUCUAUUGCAGAACUUUGUGUAAUCUGUUUGCCAUACAAAAAAUCUCUUGUAAUCUUGUAAUUGUAACCAAUAAUGUUCAGUCAAGGUUGUGGAUAUUGGUGUUGUUCUUUUUGCUUUUAUAUAGACCACAACUUCGUUUGGCUCCAUCUUGACUGAAAAAGCUUGGUUCAUAACGCAUAUAUUAUUUUUUUGUGGUCUUUAUUAAUAUGAUCAUAUCGCCAUAUCCAUUUACCAGUAAUCUUGAAGCUCUAGCUACACCUUGUUCACCUCUGAAUGAUAAUUUUUGAUAACCUCUCUUGUGUUUUUCAGUGUUUGAGCCUGUGACAGGAACAGUAAAGGCGAUCAUAUUUGAGAAGGAGUUCGUCAACGAAGUAAUCACCGGCAGCCACUGCGGAGUUGUCCUGGACCGAACAUGCUUUUAUGCUGAGCAAGGAGGGCAGAUAUACGACCAGGGAUUUAUGGUCAAAGAGGGCGAUGAUGUAAGUGAUCAAAUAGAGAAAUGAAAAUUUGACUGAAAACUAUUUCAGCUGUCACAAGAUAAUUUGGUUUUAUGAAGUGAGUUGAUAAUGUAGAUUGGCCACCUGUUCUGAUUUUCUAAAGCGGAUGUUUCGAGCGUCAGCCCUUCGACAGAGAGAACGGGCUAACGCUCGCAACUUAUCCAAAUUAUCCUGUUAUACCCCAACCGAUGCAGCAUUACAGUCUCUUUAGAAACUUUCCCCCCUUUAUUCAGCUGUCAUAGUUUAAUUACGGCAUCAAUGAUUGUUCAUUAAAGCGAACCAGUUCAUUAGUGGCGAUACAUUCCAUCGCCAUUUGGUCCUGCGUGUCGUUACAUGAAAAUCUAUGAACCUUUUUGUCACUAAUGAAUAUUUGUUGUUUUGCAGGAAGUGGAAUUUUCAGUCACUAAUGUACAGGUUCAUGGUGGAUAUGUACUUCAUGUAGGAGCAGUUGAAGGUACUCUGAGAGUUGGAGACCAGAUGAAAUGUCAGAUAGACGAGGUAAUUUGACAAGAGCUGUAUCACCCCUUAUUAAAGUAAAUAAAAAAAGAUGAUUUUUGACCAGUUCUGUCUUUGGGUCAAGUCUUGGAAGAUAGAAAGAAUAUUUAUAAUUCUAUGCAGAGAAAAAGUCGUAACGUCAUAGUCAAAAGGUGAAGUAAAGUCAAAAAUUUAAAACCAGUUUUGCAAACACCUUUGUAAAUCCAAGAUUGUAAUAAAACAAUAAAGUACACUCACAGGCAUAAGGUAAAGAUGUUUCGGGUCUGACUCAGAGUCAUUUAGCGCGAGCCGUCAGGCGAGGGUUAAAAUGGGCUCAGAGAAUGACCCAAAACAUCUUUACGUCCAAGAACAUAAACUGUGUUACUAUUGUUUUCACUUUAGAGGGCAAUGAGGCGAUAGACACUUUUAAAGAUAACUUUAAAACAAAACCUUCAAAACAAUUACGCAAGCAGGCUAAAAUGUAUUAGCCAGCCAAAAUAUCUCUUUCAGCCCGUAAAAUGCUCCACAGUGCCCAAUAAAGUGAUAAUAGUGGAAUUAUAGAAGUAAAUAACUUUAGGUAAAAGUGACUUGUGUCGAUAAUUUUUUUCUACAGCAAAGGCGAAGACUGACAAUGAACAAUCACACUGCCACUCAUGUACUGAACUUUGCGCUCAGGAAACAUCUUGGAGACGCUGACCAGAGAGGCUCACUUGUCGCACCUGAUAAGCUCAGAUUUGAUUUCACUGCUAAGGUUUGUUUCUCGAUUAACCCCUCAACCCCUAAGAUUGACUGACUUCGUUGCUGGUUUGAAACUUGUCGCGUGAAAAAUCUGCCGAUUUUUCAGAUUGUCCUUGAUUUGCAAAAAAAAUCCGCUGAAUAAAACGCUCGAACCACAAAAUAGUAAGAUUCCCGCAAAAUUUAUAUGCUACGCUAUGGAACUGAAAAGAACUGUUGACAGUGACUAACUUUUUGAGAACCCGGCUGAACAGAAGUAAUUUCGAAGGUUAUCUCCUCUUCUCUGCAGAAAUUACCAAGAAAUUAAUGAAGAGUUUUUUUUUUCCUUUCCACAGGGGGCAAUGACAACGGAGCAGAUCAAGAACACUGAACUAACUAGCCAGGACAUUGUGUCAAGGAGCAUGGACGUAUUUGCUAAGGAGUCACCUCUGGCCACUGCUAAAGACAUUCAAGGUCUCAGGGCGAUUUUUGAAGAGGUGAGCACAAAAUGUCUCUGCUCCGGCGUAUCAAGUGAGAUUUUCGUCCUCUCAUGUCCUUUCUCUCGAUAACGCAGUGCGACUUUGCGCUUAGCGGGCAAUGCCUAUAAGCAGUUCCUUAUUACGUGCGAUAGAGGACGCGCGUUUCUUCGCCCGGGGGAGGAUUUGAGACGGAUCGGGGAGAGGUUUCCCGGGGGGUCUGUCAUUAUCAGUGCUAGACCCCUUGUGGAUCUUUUUGCCGACUCGCGUCAAACAAGAUCUCUUACUUUCACGCGGGCAAAGAAACGCUCCAAUAAUGAAGGGCGAACUCGCAUACUAAGCGGACACCCACGGGAUACCACGCUAGUUUCCACUCGAAGACGUUCUUGUAAAUGUAACGCAACGGGGGGGGGGAGGAAUUCAGCAAAGGUUCCAAAUUACAAACUUUAAAGGUUUGGUUUGAUUUUUUCGAGGUUAGCAUACUGUAACGUGGUUCCCUACUUUAGGCUGAUGUCAGUUUUAUGCGAAGACCGCUGUGUUCGCUCACCACUUAACAAUGUUAUUACUGAUUAGGUUUAUCCUGAUCCAGUCCGCGUGUUGUCCAUUGGUGCAUCAUUCGAUGAACUUCAAGACGAUCCACAAGCUGGAUACAAGUAUUCUGUCGAAUUUUGUGGAGGAACGUAAGUAAUAUUCACGGUCCUUCAGGUGAAGUAAUCAUGCGCUUUUGUUCUUAUCCAAGUAUUAGUCAAAGCUAAUCUAGGGACACACCGCUUGAUAUCUGAGUUUUAGUUUUUACUGAAAUAAAGUCUUCUUCCGACUGCUGUCAAUUGAAAGUGUAAACGCUUCCGUUGAAAUCAAUCAGAAGAAAAAUCAAGGUUCACGUGACUCUGUGUUUAAUUUUUUAUCGCCCUUGGCGAGAGGUGUGUAAGUUUGUUUGGUAAUUAUCAUUGGUUCAAUGCGUUGUAGCAGCAACACUUAAAUCAUGUGAUAAUUGAUCAAAGCAACUGCAGCAGCUAAUCCCUGUAAGCAGCUGCAAAACAUGAACCAAAUUCGUAAUAUCAUAGGCUCGAUUACGUCUGAGGUAUUUUGCAGUGACCUUCGAUGGAGUUUUCUUAAAGGAAUCUAAAAUUCAAAAAAUUACGACGACCAAUCAGAACAAAAGAAAACUAUGACCAGAAGCCAAUGGGAACUUGAAUUGAUUACAUACAAGUUGUUUUAAGCGCGGGAAAACGUGAUUAACCGCGACGUGGUUGGUUGUAACUUCGCAUCUGAUUGGUUAUUAUGGCGGAGCGAGUUUUCUUGACCAAUCACAGAGCAAAGUAAAGAAGUUUGAAAUCACUCCCUUCAAUUCCAAAUUGCGUUUGAAACUCAACUGGGAUUACUCUAUCGUUCCUGAAGUUUUUCUACUAUUUGUCAUCAGGCAUCUACAGAACACAGGACACAUGAAAUCAUUUGUCCUCGUGUCAGAAGAGGCCAUUUCUAAAGGAAUUAGGAGAAUUGUGGCUCUCACAGGACCUGAAGCUCUGAAAGCCGAGAAGAAAUGUCACUCGCUGGAAGAGAGAGUUGAAAAUGUUCAGAAUCUGGUGAAGGAAAAGAUGAAGGAUGGUGGACUUAACAUUAAAGAAACUUCACAAGAAAUCACAAGAAUUAGUGAGGUAAUAAUAAUAAUAAUAGUUUAUUUAAACUCUCUUGCAGUAACUUACUGAGUUAACGAGUUAUAACACAGUGAAAACUUAAUAAGAUCAACUAUGUACAUUUCUAUAUAUAUUAAGUACAAAUUAUAUACACCACACCAGAACAUGUAUCACAUUUGUUAAAAAUACUAAAAGUGAAAAAGUCUUCGGUGCGCUUCGUUCUAUAGGUAGUAACAUAAUAAUAAUAACAAUAAUAAUAAUAACAAUAAUAAUAAUUAUAAUUUUUAAUGUUUUGUAUCAAUACGAUGAUCAAGAUACUUCUACCAGCGUUACGUUUUGCGUGUUAUGUUUAUUGUUAUAAAAAAAGUCACGUUUAUUGUGAGCUGAGGUAGUGAACUUGUUCCUUCAGUGUUUUAUUGACGCGCUUUCAACUCUAAUCUUCACCAUGGGAAAGUGUCGUUUGAUCAAUUAUUUUCAAGCUGUUAGUCAUAACAAAAAAGUCUGCAAAGGAGACUGGUUCUUAUUUCCCUCCCUUCCCUCUCCCACCCCCCAAUUCGACCAUUUCAUCGGGUUACCCAGUUGACCGAUAAACAUUUAUUCUCUCUAGUGGAGAUAAGCACUGUGAGAGUAAAGUGUUGCCUAAUAACACAGGGUAACACCCCGAAACUUUCGAUAGGGAGUAAAGCGCGCUCACUCUUUUGUCCAACACAUGUCUAGUAUGAUUUGUGACAAGGAUAGAGCGGUAUUUUGAACAUUUGUGUUUGUUUGUCCUUUAUAAGGAUAUAUCUGCAGCCGUCAUUUCGGCCUGGCGGAAAGAUGAAAUGAGAUCCAAAUUGAAGAUUGUCAAGAAACUAGUUGACGACGCUGACAAAGCGAAGAAAACCGUCUUGCAGCAACAAGUGAGUCAUUUUAAACUUUUCAGAAGUUGUCUCGGCUGUUUGCGAUUAGAGAUGAGAUUGGUAGGGAGAAUGAGGAAGUCGAUAUGGAGAAUAGUCUUGGUCUAGUUAAAAAAUUCUCAAUGGGAAUACGAUAGGAAUUGUAAGUAAGCAAGGAGAAUACCUUUUUGUAAACAGUGACCUGUUCUCUCUAAAACUUGAUUUUUAAACAGCAGGGAUGUUGAAUGAACUACAGCUUUCCCACUAAAAGAUACAGAAACAUGGAAAUCCUGCUUUAAUUUGGGCCACUACAGCACGACAUUAGAAGUCAAAGUUGUGUAGAAAAGUAGUCUUGCUACGAAGAAAAUGUGAAGAGGGUUGUUUAUCUCACUGGCAUGAAUAUCUCAGUCUUGUAACUCGGUUGGGGAAUGAGUGCGAAUGAAGAACUUGCUGUAAAUUUACUUAACUUUUUUUUUUCUUUUUUUUCAGGCGAUCGAUAAAGCUAAAGGCAUAGUGGAAGCAGAUCCUAACAGAUCAUUUGUUGUUGAUGUGUUUGACGCUGGUUCAAAUUCUAAGGUGAGUGACUUAACUGUACCGUCGGAAAGACAGGUAACAACGCCAUGCUAGAGGUGAAACAUACAAUGUGUCCUAUUUCCGAGAUGCAUUGCGUACCCUAACCAGUGUGAACACGUGACUAACCGAUGAACGCUUGGUGGGUAUAUUUUUCAUAAUUCCUAGACUUUCCUUGUACAUUUUUCCAUUUAAGAUUCUUGACGCUGCCAUGAAACAGUUCAAAAGCCUGGCUCCGAAAAUGGCCGCUCUUCUUUUCAGUGUGGACGAAGAAAACUCCAAGAUCAUCUGCUUAGCUCAAGUACCCAAGGUUUGUUACUGGGGAAACAUGCUCCAGAGGCCAUAUCAUGUAUAUUUCCGCUAUUGGAAAAAAGUUCUUCUUUUUUAACUUUACUAUUGCUGUAUUUUGCCAUUCUAAAGAUUAACACAAUCCCUUUAGAAUUUGUCUUCAAAUGUGCUAAAAAUUGCAAAACUGUUGCAUGAGGUAUUGAAUCAAUUCUUAGAGUAUUUGUGAUCUCGAAAGGUUGCAGGUCAUCUUUGAAAUCUAAGAACUCCGACAGUGUCAUAAUUUUUUCAUACCUACUUUGCUAUGACUGAGAUGAAAAUUAUUUAGUUCCCCUUAGAUCUCAUAACAUUUCACCAUUCAUUCGCAGGGGCCAUAAGCUAAUUGUUCGCCUUUAACAGAAUGCUGCUCUGAAAUCUAUGUGAAAACGCUCGUUUAACAUGACUAUCAACAAUCUUUGUAUUGCAACCAAACUAUUUAUUUGUGCAACCAAAAAAGGUACGCGAGUGAUUCUGAAAUCACGAAGACGGUUCAUUGUUGACCACUAUUUAGUGAGGUGGAUUGUGUUAAUUUUCACCCAGCCGUUGUAGUGAGAUAAUAUAGCACCAAAUGAUUAUUUUACCUCUUUCUCUUCCUGCAACGAUUACAAUAUUUUCGUGUGCAAAUCACGCACGAGUUACUCGGAGGUGAAUAGGUAAGGAUAUUUAUAGUUUAAGUAGCCAAUCAGAGCGCACCUUCAACGCUAUUGAUUGUUUUAGUAUAUACUGAAUUUUCUUAUGGUUGGUCUGCAGGAUGCGAUUGCGCGCGGUCUGAAGGCAGAUGAGUGGGUAAAGUCAGUGUCCGAGCUGAUUGGUGGAAAAUGUGGCGGGAAGGACCAGUCUGCGCAGGGAUCUGGGUCCAACGUUGGCUGUGUAAAGAAAGCUGUGGAGACUGCGACAAAUUUUGCGCAACAAAAACUUUAA